CAUCCUUCUAUCUGUUUUUCUUCCUUAUGGACCCCGAAGAAGUUAUGAACCUCUUUGAUUCAUGCUGGUUCAUUUAUGAAAUCUUCAAGAACCCAUCAAAUUCUGAAACAAACCCAGUUCUCCAAAAUCACCAAAACCCACAAAAACCAGUAAUUUCGAGGCCACCAACAAUCCUUGUCAGGUCCAAAAGUGAUGAACUUUGCUCAAAAACAAGCUUCAACUCUGAUUCUCCCUCUUCAAAUUCAAUCAUCUCCCUACCACAUCUCCAAACCAUCCUCUCAGGUAAAGAAGCUUUCCAACAAGAGUAUUCAAUUAUUGAAGAACAACAACAACAACCACCACCCAAGAAAGCUACAGAUAAGAGAAGAAGAAGAAAGAAGCGUGGAAGCAAGAGCUUGUCAGACCUUGAGUUUGAGGAGCUAAAAGGGUUUAUGGACUUGGGUUUUGUGUUCUCUGAAGAUGAUGAGGACUCGAGUUUGGUUGAGAUCAUUCCUGGGUUGCACAGGUUGGCAAAGAAAAAAGAUGGUGAAGAAGAAGCGAGGAGUAGUAUUUCUGAUGAAUCUGCAGUUCGAAGACCGUAUCUUUCUGAAGCGUGGGAGAUUUGGGAGAGAAGAAACACAGAGAAAAGAUUGAUGGAUUGGAGAAUUCCUCCUAACGUGGUUAAUGAAAUUGAUAUGAAAGAUAGUCUUAAAUGGUGGGCUCAUACUGUUGCGUCUGCAGUUAGAUGAUGAGGAUGAAGGUCCUCUUGAUUCAUUGUUUUCCUUUCUGUUCUUAGUUUUGAUUCAAUUAAUUUGUUGUUUGCUAUUGUUGAUAUUCUAGAACUUGAGUCUGUAAAUGUAAAUAGAAGUAUAUAAAGUGAAUUUGUCAAUGGUUUUGAUUGUGUCA